AUGAAUCGCCAACGACCGCGCCUUAAGAAUGGGGUUGAUCUCCAGCUUCAAUCAGCCUUUCAGGAUGGCAACUGGCCAGUCGUGAUCCGCCUUGCCGAGAAGCGAGCCAAGAUCUCAAACGACCAGUACUAUGAGUUUCUCAAAAUAUGUGCCGAGAGCCAGCUUGAUGAUCCCAGCACCAAAUUUGCUGCCGUUGCUGCUGUCUGGAAGCAUGUCAAGGACGGCAGCACCAUCAAGGAUGUAGAGGCAAUUGAGCUGAUGGAGUGGGCCACGACAAACUUGAUUGAUGCAGAUGAUUUUGCCGAGACUCUGGGGCCGCUGAGAGUGCGCGCCGUCAAGGCCUCGCCAAAGGACAAGUUUGCUGCUACACGCUGUCUGGAAUCGUGCUUGCUUCACUGGGAUUUGGCCAGUGCUCAACAGACAAGUCCACUGACCACGCCCGACAAACGGAAGCUGUACGGUACUUUGGCUCAAAAGCAGAUCGAGAGAGCUGCUCAAGCCGCAGAACAGGCUCAAGACUCAAAUGAGGCAUCUAGCAAAGCCCCAUCUAGGCGUGUGAAGACGGAAGAAGAGGUUCUAUUGCUCUAUGACAUUGUUGAGACACACGGUACACCCGAAGACUUCCGCAAACUCAUCUCUAGCUCUAUUUUCUCUCCGGUUGUUCAGUUUCGCCGAGGUCGAAAGGAGGUAGUAAUGCGCGCCAUUGCCAAGUUUAGUCGAGAUGGUGACUGGCCGGCGGUAUUCAACCUCUGCAACGACUGUCUCUCCGACUGCGAUGCCGAUGGACAAUUGACCCUACUGGCAUCAGACAUUGCCAUGUGGCGGCAUAUAAUCACUGCUGCUAGCCAUAUGAAGGAAACAAAUCCAGACUCUACGAAUGUUGUCCAGAAGUUGCUGGCAAAGCUACUAUCGUCUAGCCACAUGCGACCCAUGUACCGGCGCAACAUCUUACUAGCCAGAGUUUUGGCCGUAUUUAGCCUUGGCCCAAGUGACGAAUCUGAUUUGACAGAUGGUCAGCCUUCUUCAUUACGGCUAAGAGAGCUGAUCCGCUACAUUGAUGAUCAGUAUACUAGCCCAGCAUGCUUCAGCGACGUGAAGUCUCUAAUGGAAAGCCUCGAUGCUGCCGGACUAAAGUAUCUGGCGUUUGAUCAUUUGCCCAAAUUGGCAGAAGUUGACUCAAACGACUUCAAGGCAGCCAGCACGCGACUGCUGGCUCAUAAAACGCAGUAUCUACUAUUGACGCACCGAAAGACAAAGUAUCGCGACCAAAACCAACAGCUCAAAUGCACAGUUUGUGAUUCUACAGUGGAGUCAACGCUGUGCCAAACAUGCCUGUCUCAACUAUCACAGGCAUGUGUAACCUUUUACAGCUCCGUCAUAAAAUCUGAGGGUGAAAAACCCAAGAUCAACGCCGAGAUCAUGCCAGAACUCGCAAUAUUGAUUGCAUUUUGCAGCUUAAACUUGGCUUUCAGCGAGGACCAGGCCAGACAGUCUCUUAAACCACAAGCAACGCGCCAUCUCAUCCGCGCUCUUCUCUUGCUCGACGACCAACUCGCUCAGAAUUCAGGUCAUAGCCAGCUGUCUCUUGUUCUGACACAACUACACAUACGCCUUGGUUCAGGCGCUAGAGCCAGCGACAUUUGGGAUGUCAUUGGUGUAAAGCGUACCAUAAUCGACUCGCUCGGCCCCAUCUUUUACGAUCGCCUAUCGACAAUCUCCCCUGCUCUAUUGUCAACUUAUGACAGCUGGGGUAGCCAUCUUAUGGAUCUUUUGCAAUCGCAUUACGUGAAUUCCCUGAAGCUAAGGAUGCAUCAACGCUUAAUAGACGCUUUUGAAUCAGGAAGCUACAGUAGCGUGGUGGGUAUUCCACAGUAUAUUGAGAGCCUUCGAUCGAGCGGUACAAGAGCAAUGAGUCUAGCGGAAGCGCGAAGAAUCGAGAGACUCCUAGGACAGCCCUCACGCGAGCUGGAAUCAGAUCCGCGAUUCAAUGAGGUGAACGAUGAUACGGACCUCACUCAGACAAUUGAUUACGGAUCAUUUCCAUCCUGGAACAGCAGGACAGUUCAGCCAAUGCACCUCAACCUUCGGCUUGGGCCAGGGCCAUCCAACCGCCGGUGCCAUCUGUCCAUGUUAGCCGAGGCGUUCCACGAGCUGCUGACUUACAAAUCUCCGGCUAGCUACAAGGCCUCAGCGGGGAGCUCGGAAUACGACCAUGUCUUCAUCACUGAAACCUUGGCCCGCCUUAGUAACUCUUUCCCCAGGUUCUUGGCCGGUCCAGAUGAUGAGAUGACUCAGCCAGAGCUCUGCUAUUUUGAGACCAUUAGCCUGCUCUGCACUCUCAUGUCUCUGUGCAUCGAUUUUGAUCGGUCUUCCGAUAUUACCGAUGCAUUACAUCAGACAACAGAUGCCUUGAGCUCAUCUCUUGAGAACCAGCAAAGUCAGAUACUACACAGUGAGAAACCCUCGAUUGAGCGCACGCUAACCAUGCUUGGGUCAAUGCACAACAUUGCAAUGCUUCGAGAUUCAACGGUGGCAAUCAAGCUGGCUGCUCAAUGGAUCUUGAGCCACAACGAGAAAGAAAAAGCCCGGGAUAGAUCAGGAAAGUCUAGCCUUCCUAAGGAACUGGCGUCUAAGAUUAAAGAUCUGCAGACGGCAGCCGAAAAGAGCAUUAAAGAGGGCCAGGCGUGGAUUGCAGAGCUCAAGACGGAGACCGUGUCACGAGACUUUGAGCCGAAGCUUAAGAAAUGGGUACUAGAAGAUGAGGAUGCAAUCAAGAGCAUCCUCACGAUGGACUCGCUGCCCGGGCUGAUUGAUAGCUGGCAGUUGAACGUCAAGGGGUGGCUGCAGGUCAAGUGGGCAUAG